ACAGGUAUUUAAUUCUCAGGACUAGACGGAAGGUCGAAAGAACAGGGAGGCCAUGUUGGAUUUUAAGUAAACUUAUCGUGUGAUCCCGGCAUCAGAAAUGCAUCCCUGGCGCAGUGCUCAGCACGUCCUGCUGUGUGACCUCUGUGAAACUGUCCCCCUACAGAGACAUUGUGAACUUUGUAAUAUAAAUCUCUGUGUUAACUGUGCAGUAAAGCAUCUCUCAGACUCGUCUAAAAGACACAAUGUCGUGCCCUUUUUGCACAAAAAGUCUACUCCUAACUACCAUAAAUGUCGAGACCACGCCGAUAAACACUGUGAAAUUUACUGUGAAAAAUGUGGCAUUCCUCUCUGUUCUACCUGCGUCACUUCAGGAAAACACAAAGGUCACGAAAUGUCAGAUAUUCUGGAAAAACUCAGCGCUAAAACAGAAAGUUUACGAAAAGAUCUAGAAGAAUUAGAGACCAGAAUUUAUCACCGAUAUGACAAAAUGGCGUCUGAUGUUGAAACUGAGAAAGCCGAAUUAGAAGCGAAUUACGGGAAACUGACGACAGAUGCCGAUGAACAAGGGGAAAUCCUAUACCGGGAGAUCACCGCCAUUGUCAACCGACGGAAAUCCGCCAUUGCAGAGAUGAAAUCUACACAUCUGGACGCGCUAAAUAAAAACACAGAAGAAAUCACACAGAAAAUUACUGAACUCAAACAGAUUAUUUCCGACUUGAAAUCGAUGCUAAACUCAAAUGACGUCUCCUUAACCUCUACUUACAAAUCUAGGAAUUCCGAAUUUAGAACAUUACCGCCUAAAGUCCGAGUCACAUUACCGAGUCUCUCUCCUCAGAAAAUAAACAAAGAUCAGCUCAAUGAAAUGUUCGGUUCUCUGUCGCCAUUAUCCAUUAACACAGAACAUGGCGACACAAUGAAGUCAGCAGAAGCUGUAUCGUUUCCUCCAGUCAAACCACUGCUUGAUGACCCGCACGUCACCGCCACCAUAGACACUGGAUAUAAAUAUUUACACAGUGUUAGCUGUCUGAGUGAAGAUCAAGUCUGGACAUGCGGGAUGAACGAAACAAUGAAGCUGCUCAACCUCCAGAGUAAACAAUUGACAUCAAUACAAACCAAGUCAGGGGACUGGCCACGGGACAUAGCAGUUACACGGGACGGAGAUCUUGUUUAUACUGACCCUAGUAUUAAAACUGUUAACUUAGUAAAAAAUAAACAGAUACAGACCGUGAUCACACUACAGGGGUGGUACCCUCGCUAUCUCUACAGUACCGCGUCUAACGAUCUCCUGGUUACCAUGGAGAGUGAUGAUAGAAAACAAUCCAAAGUUGUUCGUUACUCUGGCUCCACAGAGAAACAAACCAUUCAGUUUGAUGAGCAGGGUCGUCCUCUCUAUUCAUCUGAUUAUGACAUUAAAUACAUCAGCGAGAACAGAAACCUGGAUAUCUGUGUGACUGACCCGUCAACUAGUGCAGUAGUGGUGGUCAAUCAGUCAGGAAAACUCCGAUUUAAAUACACUGGGAAUCCCUUUAAUACCAAGCAAUCAUUUAAUCCAAGCGGCAUCACUACAGACAGCCAGAGUCACAUCAUGACAACAGACUCUUACAAUCACCGUAUCCACAUCCUAGAUCAGGACGGACAAUUCCUCCGUUACAUUUACUGUGAUUUACGCGAUCCAUACGGUUUAUGUGUGGACAUCAGAGACAACCUCUUUGUGGCUGAGUUUGGCACUGCUAAAGUGAAGAAAAUCCAAUAUCUAUAAACACAGUGUUAAUUACACAUCUCUAUCCAGCGUUAAGUACACAGCUCAACAGUGUUAAUUACACAUCUCUACACAACCUUAAUUACACAGCUCAACGCAGUGUAAUUUACAGAACUGUGUAAUUCCUUCUCCUUGUUAAUUACAGCCCUGUACUAAUUACAUCCCUGUUUUAAUUACAGUCCUGUGUACAGUACAGCCCUAUGUACAUGAUCCAUGAUGGUGUGUCCAGGGGUCCGUGUUUGCCAACUAUCUAUUUUGUAUUGCUUAUAGGAGUUAUGAGAUUGAUCACUGUUCGUUAUCUUCACCUUGCAUUAAAGCCUGUGUACAUUACAGCCCUGUGUACAUUACAGCCCUGUGUUAAUUACAGUCAUGUGUUAAUUACAGUCCUGUGUACAUCAUUGCACUGUGUUAAUUACAGCAUUGUGUACAUUAAAGCCCUGUGUACAUUACAGCCCUGUGUUAAUUACAGUCCUGUGUACAUUACAGCCCUGUGUACACUACAACCCUGUGUUGAUUACAGUCCUCUGUACAUUACAGCCCUGUGUUAAUUACAGCCCUGUGUACAUUACAUCCCUGAUUUAAUUAACUCCCUGAUUUAAUUACAGCCCUGAUUUAAUUACAGCCCUGUGUUAAUUACAGCCCUGUGUAGUUUGCAGUCCUGUGUACAUUACAGUCCUGUGUACAUUACAGUCCUGUGUUAAUUACAACCCUGUGUUAAUUACAGCCCUGUGUACAUUACAGUCCUGUGUACAUUGCAGUCCUGUGUACAUUACAGUUCUGUGUUAAUUACAGUCCUGUAUACAUCACAGUCCUGUGUACAUUAGAUCCCUGUGUACGUUACAGUUCUGUGUUAAUUACAGCCCUGUGUUAAUUACAGCCCUGUGUACAUUACAGUCGUGUGUACAUUACAGUUCUGUGUUAAUGACAGCCUUGUGUACAUUAAAACCCUGUGUUAAUUACAGACCUGUGUUAAUUACAAUCAUCUGUACAUUACAGUCCUCUGUACAUUACAGCCCUGUGUACAUUACAGCCCUGAUUUAAUUCCAACCCUGUGUUAAUUACAGUCCUGUGUACAUUGCAGUCCUGUGAACAUUACAGUCCUCUGUAUAUUACAGCCCUGUGUACAUACAGUUCUGUGUUAAUUACAUCCUUGUAUACAUUACAACCCUGUGUUAAUUACAGCCCUGUGUUAAUUACGGUCCUCUGUACAUUACAGCCCUGUGUUAAUUACAGCCCUGUGUUAAUUACAGCCCUGUGUUAAUCACAGCCCUGUGUACAUUACAGCCCUUUUUAAUUACAACCCUGUGUACAUUACAGCCCCGUGUACAUUACUGCCCUGUGUACAUUGCAGUCCUGUGUUAAUUACAGCCCUGUGUUAAUUUCAGUCCGGUGUACUUUACAGCCCUGUGUACAUUACAGUUUUGUAUUAAUUACAGCUUUGUGUACAUUACAGCCCUAUGUAGAUUACAGUCCUGUGUACAUUUCAGUCCUGUGUACCUGACAGUCCUUUGUUUAUUUCAGUCCUGUAUACAUUACAGCCCUGUGUACAUUGCAGUCAUGUGUACAUUUCAGUCAUGUGUACAUUACAGCCCUGUGUACAUUACAGUCCUGUGUUAAAUACAGCCUUGUGUACAUUAAAACCCUGUGUUAAUUACAGCCCUGUGUUAAUUACAGCCCUGUGUACAUUACAGCCGUGUAUAUCACAGUCCUGUAUAUAUUACAGUCGUCUGUUUGUGAUGUGUAACAUGUACUUGUGUUUGUGAGUUUAACGGAACAGUAUUGUGUUUGUGAGUUAUAUCAUUCAAUAUAUGUUUGCUUUUCCAAUGUUUAUAUUAGAUAAACAUGAUACAGAG